ACACCAGCUUUGCUUGCUCCUGGGAAAGUUUCCAACUUGGGAAUUGACCACAACAAUAAGAUCGUUUUCUUUUCCUGUUCCUGGAUUGCAGAAGAAGUAAGCUGGAAUCUCUCUCCAUCUUAACUAGUAGUGAGCCUCUUCAUCUUACCAAUCACCAAGAUUGUACCCUGGGUCAUCUCACCACCAACUCCAAGUGAAGACGAAGGUAGUAAAGGGACGCCAUCUGCUCAGCCGAUUUCACAAUGGCCUCAUCAACACCUAUGACGGUGGUGGACAUCCACACUCACAUGUACCCCCCGUCCUACGUCAAGAUCCUCGAAUCUAGAACCACCAUUCCCGUCGUGCGCAGCUUCCCGCAAACACCAGACCCGCGUCUCAUCCUCCUGGCCUCGGAGGAACAAGCCCUGGAUGAGGCCACCAAGGAUCCUUCAGCGAAGCCUCCCGGUCGGCCGCUGACCUCCCACUACGCCUCGCUCGACCAAAAGGUCCACUUCAUGGACACGCACAAGAUCAACAUCUCCGUCAUCUCCUUGGCAAACCCGUGGCUCGACUUCAUCGACGCCUCCGAGUCCGGCGCCAUGGCCAAGGGCGUCAACGAGGAAUUCGACGGUAUGUGCGCCGCGCACCCGGGCCGACUCUUCUUCUUCGCCGCUCUGCCCCUGACGGCACCUCUCGAGACCAUCCUGGAGGCCAUCAACCACGUCAAGUCCCUCAAGUACUGCCGCGGCAUCAUCCUCGGCACCUCGGGGCUGGGCAAGGGCCUCGACGACCCGGAGCUGCUGCCCAUAUUCAAGGCCAUCGCCGCCGCUCGCCUGACCAUCUUCUUGCACCCGCACUACGGGCUGCCCAACGACGUCUGGGGCCCCAGAGCAAGCAACGAGUACGGCCACGUGCUGCCCCUGGCCCUGGGUUUCCCGAUGGAGACCACCAUCGCCGUGGCGCGCAUGUACCUGGCCGGCGUCUUCGAAGACGUGCCCGAGCUGCGCAUGCUCUUGGCGCACAGCGGCGGCACGCUGCCCUUCCUGGCGGGACGAAUUGAGAGCUGCGUCAUGCACGACGGGCAGCUCGUGCGCGAGGGCAAGGUUGGUAAGGGGCGGAGGACGAUUUGGACUGUGCUCAAGGAACAGAUCUACCUCGACGCCGUCAUUUACUCAGAGGUCGGGCUGAAGGCGGCCAUUGAUGCCAGUGGGGCGGAUAGGCUCAUGUUCGGUACUGAUCACCCCUUCUUCCCGCCGUUGACCUCUGAUGAGCAGGGCGAGUGGGAGAGUGUGAGCAUGAACGCCGAUGCCGUUGCUGUGGCGGUGGGCGAGGGUAGUGACCAGGCCAAGGCCAUUAUGGGCGGUAAUGCGAUUGAGAUUUUGAGAUUGAAGGUGGAUUGAACAAGUAGCUUUGAAAUGAAAAGAAAAGAAACUUGAAAGUCAUGAAAGUCAG